AAACACAAAAAAUAUUUCAAUUUUAUUAACUGCAAUACGUUGUUUAUAUUUUGCUAGUUGAUUCCAAUUUAUCAUCGUAUAUUAGUAAAAACAAAAUUGUGUAUCACAACAGCCGACGGACGUAUACGUAACCUAAAUGGUCUCACCGAGAAAGUCAACAUCUGCAUUGAGCCUCAUUCCAGAGGAACGUGGCAAACUGCUGCCGGUGUCCACAAAGAGCUGUGAGAGCCUUUACUCGAAUACGUCCAGUUCGAAAAGUUCAAUUAAUAACUUAUAUCGGCGCAAGCAAAACGCCGGCAAUGUCGGCGGUGCAGGUGGAAACAUGGGCCGCCACUCUACACUGAUACCCGCCACAACAGAAGUGCGCCAACGCGUAUUAUCCGCUCGCCGUCUACGCAUGAAAACAUUUCAAAAUCAGUUGGCCGAUGCACAGCAAACAAUUGCGGAUCUCGCACAUGAAAAUCGUAUCCUACGCACGUUACAUAAGCGCCAGGACUCGGCCUUGGCCAAAUAUGAAUCAACAAAUGCCGAAUUGCCGAAACUUUUACACUCCCACGCCGAAGAGUUGCGCGUGUGGCAGGCAAAGUACCGCCACCUACAGCAGAUCAACAAGGAGCUCGAGCAUAAACUCAAAGCAAAAGAGUCUAUAAUACUCACGCUCAGCGAUCAAAACAAAUACUAUAGUCAAUUGAAUAAGGAUAGGAACCUUGAAGAAAGACAGCGUUUGUCCGAGAAAUUGGAAAAGCUUGAAACUCGUUUACAGGAGAAGGAUAACGACAUGAAGCUACUGGCACGUCGAGUUCAAAUCGAGACCAAAAAUUUCAAACAACAAUUACUUACCGAACAAAAGCGAACAAAGGAUGCUUUGAUGAAGCUGGAAAAGGCUCGAUUGGAGCUAUCGGGAUAUCGAAAACUAGACGAAUUAGGUGAUAAGUUUUCCACACUCAGCGUGGGACGACGUACAACGAACCCCACAGACGAAUCAAAAUUGGAAAAAGAUUUAGAGCGGAUUCUGGCAGAUGAGGUAUUAGAUGAAGAUGAGAAAGAUCUAGAUGCAGAUUUCGAUCCCGGAAGUCAACGUUCAGCCAAAAGUCCAAAUAAUUUGACAGCCGAAAGCUCUCCGGGCUAUGGAAAUCGCAAAAUAGCUUCGUCUCUCACAGUGGGUAAGUCGCGAAAGCAGCGACAGGAAGGCGGCGGCGGCCUAAGACCUGUGACAAAGCAGCAACAGUUAGCCCGACAGCAGUUGCUACAAGGAUACCAAAGGAAAACACAACAAAAGGAUGAUCCGACGCAUGAACAUCUCGCCGCCAUAACAGAUUACGAGGUUGAAUAUGAAAACGAUCACAACGGCGAGUUCCCGGGAGCUAGCGAUCGCCGCCAGAGCAAUCGAAGCAGCCGUAAAUAUGAUGACGGUGAUGAAGAGCUUGGCGAGGUGAACAGAGAUUAUGAGGGAGAGGGUGAGGAGGUCAAUGGUGAUUCCAGCCGAAAAGCGGACGACGACGAAGUGGUAUCACGUGGCACCUUUAACGCCGAGUAUUUAGUAGAGGGAGAGGAAGAACAAGCACUAGAAAGCUUAAAUGACGAGAACGGUGAAGAUGAUGAUGAUGAACGGGAUGUUGUCUGCCAUACCGCCAAGAAAACUUCACACAUGAAGGAAGAGAUUUCCAGCAUACGCAAACAAAUCUCCCAUGACUAUAAAGAGCGAGAGGCCUUUCUGGACACGUUUUGCCGGCAGGCCAAUAGUGGAGUUCUAUUAGAUGAAACCCCAAAAAAGCGAAGUAGCAUCACCUUGGGUCAGAAUCUGCCUAGCAAUCGUAAAAACAAAUUGCUUGCUGCGCUCAAAGCCAUCGACGAUAACAAGAGUCAGGACUAAAUAGCUAGUUUAUAUCUAUGUCUGUGAUUUUUAAUCACAAACUUUUGUUGCUGCUUUUAUAUGUACAUACAGGCUGCGUUUCUUUAUACAUUCCAGAUAAUCCUAUUUCAC